GAUUGGUUCGCUGGGGAUAGCGUGCGGAGAGAGAGCUGUGAUUCUUCUCUACCCAGAUUCCGAGCUCAGGUUGUCAGAUCUGAUUGUGUAUUGACGUUUGGAUGAUACAUUGAAAGUUGUUGUGAAUUCUAUCGAAAAGCGAUUUGAAAAACUUUAGAUCUCGUGGUGGGACGAUGAUGGUGGUGAUGAUGAUGAUGUUGUUGAAGUGGGGGGAGGGGGUUUGAGAGUGUGGAUUCUCUCAGAUCAGAUCUAUGCUGCCAGAUCUGUAUUUGGGGUUUGUAGAUAAGUUGUACGAGCAAAGUGGGUAUUGGAGAGAGAUUUUGUGUGUGUGUGAUUGGUAUGGGAGUGAAAGGAGGUGGUAAUGUUGGUGUGUGUGUGUGGUUGAAUGUUGGCAGGUGUUGUGGUGGUUUGUUGUUGAGUUGGUGGUGGGAAUGAGUUCAAUGAGCAGGAGCAGGAGUCCAAGCCGUGACAGGAGCCGUAGUCGGAGCCCCAGAGACAGGAGAAUGAGACCUGAACGUUCUUCUUACCGUGAUGCUCCUUAUCGUAGGGGUGAACGUGAGCCACGCCGUGCUUUCAGCCAAACGAAUCUCUGCAAUAACUGCAAGCGACCUGGUCACUUUGCAAGAGACUGUCCUAAUGUCUCCGUCUGUAACAACUGUGGUCUUCCAGGGCAUAUUGCAGCGGAAUGCACUGCAGAGUCACGGUGCUGGAACUGCAGAGAACCUGGCCACGUAGCAGGCAACUGUUCAAACGAAGGAAUAUGCCACUCCUGUGGCAAAACUGGACACCGAGCGAGAGACUGCACGAACCCGGUUUCUCGUGCAGGAGACUUGAGGCUCUGUAACAACUGCUUCAAACCGGGGCAUCUGGCAGCCGACUGCACAAACGACAAGGCGUGCAAGAACUGCAGGACUUCAGGUCACAUAGCUCGUGACUGCCAGAACGAUCCGGUCUGCAACAUCUGCAGCAUCUCGGGACAUGUUGCCAGAAACUGCCCAAAAGGGGACAGCAGUUACUCUGACCGAGACAGAGGAAGCAGGGUUCGAGGCGGUGGGAUGCAAAGAGACGGUUUUGGCAGGAUGGGCAGAGACGGCGGCAUGCAAAGGGAUGGUUUGAGCCGAGGGGGCAGAGACGGCGGCGGCGUUGGCGCUAUGAUAAUAUGUCACAACUGUGGUGGCAGAGGACAUAUGGCUUAUGAGUGCCCAUCUGCUCGAAUUGCUGACCGUGGUUCCCGCCGUUACUGAAGUACAUCAUUGUUCUUAGCUUUAUGUCUGGUGAUUCUAUAGCUUUGCUCUCUCGUUUUAGUUGCUACUUUUGUUGUUGUUUUUGGCUGUUGGAGUGAGUUGGGUGUGUUUCUUUUUGUGUGAAAUUUGAGACAUUGGUUGUGUUGUAUGACAUUGUUUAGAUUCUUAGUUCUGAGUUUCAAGAAUCCAGUUUUAUUUAAAUAUA